AUGCAUGAUCAAAAAUUGUUAGGAGCUAAAUCAACAAAUCUCAAACUCGAUAUCGGAGAUGUCUUGGCUUUGAUGGAAAUCUUGUUUAUUAUUACCAAGUCCACUCAUUCAAACUUUUUUAUCUCUUUGCUUGACGCAAUCAACAAAACUUCAAAAUCAUCGUAUACCCAACUUCUUCAACGAUACCUAAAGAACUCUACACCAACCAAUGGUGCCAAUUCAAAGAGUCAUUCCCCUCCAACUGAUGAUACAUGUACCGCUCCAAAGAAGAAGAGAGGCAGACCUCCAAAGAGUCAAUCCACACCAACUGAUGAUACAUGUACCGCUCCAAUCCCUGAAUCCAGCAGUGGUACCACCACACAGAAAAGAAGCAGACCAAAAAAAAAAUCAGUGAAAAUGAAAUAA